CCACCCUGGCUGCCCCCCCGUCUCCUAUCCACUACGCUAUCUUGGACUUGAGACAACCUCCCGGGACUCGGGACUUAGGUAAAGGUACACUGUGUCCCGCAUUGUGCAGCGAAACGCGCACAUGACGGGAUUAAAGAUACUUGCACGACCUGGGUGGGCCCUUUCUUUUGGGCCCGGUGUGAUGAUAUCCCAGCCCACCACAUGCGCCAGUGACCAUCGUCGUUGUUGCCGCCUUUUCGCAGAUGGACUCGUAAUCGUCGUCGACCGCCUCAUCCUCUUCCUGCUCCUCAACCAUCACGGCUAUCGUCAGCCAUGAUCAACCACCAUCACCACUAUCGUUGUCGCCAGCCAGGAAACACGAAAUCACACAACCCAUUCACAGUCAUCCCAUAGGCAUUGUUCAAUCGAUCAACCAGCCAUAUAUACAGUACGAAAGUUGAACCGUCAUCCCUCCAUCCUCCUCAUCCGGCCUCCAACCCCUGCGGUGUGGUGCGGUGCGGUGCGGUGCGAUACGGUGCCUGGUCUCCCGCCGCACACACGCAUCCAAACACGCCAUCCCCCCCCCCCCCCCCCUCCACCCCCUUCAUCCUCUCGCAACCGCUCUCGACUCAACAGACAUCAGGCCGACACACAACACGCUCUCUGUCAGUCGCUCGCUCGCUCGCUCGCUCGCUCACACACACACUUGCUCUACGCUACGCUGCGCUACUCUAACCAGGACACGGACGGACUCUUCCUUCACCACCAUUCAGCCAAUCCCUCCCACCACCAUACUCGCUCCAAGUCCUCCGCCGCCGCCGCCAUCCCCAUCCCCAUCCCACUCGGCAAUACCCCGAGAUACAUCCUGUUGCCGCCCUCCCCUCGCCUGGUCCUCCCUUGCUCGCUGCUUUGGGUCGUUGGAAUCCGCUCCAUCGUGUCAAUUAUUCUUCGCCACUUUCGCCUGUACCGCACUACAUGAACCUCGAGCACGCCGCACGCAGCCACUCCUAACUCCUCUUCUGCCCUCCCUCGACUUCGUCUUGACCCGCGCGUGUCUGCUGCCGCUGUUGGUGCUGCUGCACGUCGCAAUCCUCAACAUUCCAACCUCGACGGCGAAAAGAGAAGCAAAACCGUAAUUCAAACGGCGCCGCGCCACUCAUAUCUCCACUCAUGCCAGUCCAGAGUUGACCGCUGAGACAUCCGUGCCGGUCUCGUUCCAUCCCUCUGCUCGUCCUCGUCUCCUGCCGAGACCCCCCUCCGCCGCAAAUUAUCCUCGACUCGCCGUCCGAAUAUACUUUUGCGAGAUGGAUUUGAGCCAGAGCAUGAGCCGGAGCCAGAGCCAAAAUCACAUGCUGCACGGGCCUGCGCCUCGAGACCGCCAGCUGCCGCCAUCUUCCUCGUCCGUCGCCCUCCACUCCCACACGCACCACCACGUCCGCCCACUCCCUCCCGCCGCCGCUGCUGCUGGUACCGCUGUCCCUUCGACUAGUCGUACAGGUACAACUGCUACCGUUGUGGCUACUGCUACUGCUACUGCUGCUGCUUCGGCCUGUGCAUCUGCGCCUGCUUCCACCAACAUCUCCUCCAUACCCGGCAAGCACGUCCUCUCCCACGCUCGCUUUGAUCCAACACACAUUUCGUCCCAGCUGCCAUCAUAUGCUACUGCCCCGAGCUACACGCAUACUCAGUCCCACGAUCCCAACUUACUGAGUUUUCCCGACGCCCCGACUACCGAGCUUGCACCCAUCCUUCCUGCCGCCAAACACACUGAUAACGGGGGUCACAACCUUCCAUCCCUCUCUUCUGUUACGGGUCCUCCACCCCCGCGAUUCCCUCCCAUCACCUCUUCGCAACCCAUCGAACAGCAACAACAACAACAACACCGAAGACAACAGCAACAACAGCCACCACUCCCUCCUCCAACGUCGCCUCAACAUCAGCAGCAACGACAGCAGCAACAAAGUCUAACAAAACAAACACAGCCCCAUCCACCCUCAUUGGUUCGAUCCAAGACGACAACGGUACCCGUCACCCACUGGCCGAGCCUCAACCCCCUGACGACAUAUUACACCCCUAGUCAUGCCCAGUCCGCCGACUCUCCUGCGAGAAUGGACCUCGACGUAAGCAGCAAUGCCGCCAUGAGCGCAGCUUCGCCAGACCGUUUUUACGAAGGAAGGGCCGCCAGCGUCAGCCUGGAUGACCCAGACGUCCGCAUGGCCGCAGAAGCCCUGGGGGACUUGCGAGCCGAUUUCAUCAACUCCCCACCGGCCCGCCACACCCCACUCCCAAGGGCGUCACCGUCCGUGUCCAUCACCUCAAAUCCGCAAACCAAUUCCGAGGAGCCUCUGUUCUCGCUACUCACCACCUCCCAUCCCCUGCUAGCGACAACGAUUGAAGGGGCCACAUCGGCUUACAACAACUCCAAGAACUUUUCCCCGCGUUUCAAGUCGAGCGCCGAGUAUGUCGAGGGUUAUUUGACACCCAUCGCCAACACCGUCGGUACUGUGGGACGCAAGACCGGCGUCGAAGGUGGUGUUCGCUGGUUUUUGGGUGCCGGGCGACGACAUCAGUCCACUGACUUGGAGGCUGCCGAUGGAGGCUCCCACAAGCGCCGCAAGGUUGAUACCGGAGAAGACCUUGCCAGACUCAUGAUUGAUGCGCAAAGCAAUGUCAUGCCCGAUGUCGACUCUCCCCGCGACCCCUACGUUUUCAAACACGACCGCCGGCUGUCGAGGGCAAGCACAAUCGACACCUUGCCCGCAUACGACGAUUACCGUUCCCCGGCCUAUACCGAAAAUGAAAAGUCCGAGAGGCCUACUUCGUCCAACGCCGCUUGGCAAUCUCGCCUAAUCAUGUCGACCUCUGGGCUCAGCGUCGCUAUGAGUGAAGAGAGCCUGAGGAGCUUGAAGUACUGCCUGAGGUGGUUGCGCUGGGCCAACGAGCAUAUUGGCGGAGUCAUCAACAACCUCAAGUCCACCCUUGAGCAGUAUGAAAAGACUGGCGACUCUCAGCAAGCCCAAGAACCAGAGGUCAGCAGCGACGGCGACCACGUCAUGAUCGAUGGCCAACCCGACUCUAUAUCGGAACAGGACCGGACCAUGUUGGCAGCCAGGAUUGCGUCACUUAAAGGUGAUGUCCUUAAGACAUUGCGGGACGUCAUCGAGACCGUCUCCAAGUACGCCGGCGGCGCCCUCCCCGACAAUGCCCGUACUCUGGUCCGCCGUCACUUGACCACCCUCCCCCAACGCUUCCGCUACGCAAGCAUGGUCGAGCAGCAGCAAGGCGAGAAGACCGGCGAGCAAGCCCGCGAGGAGGCCAUGCGUGAGGGCGCUCAUCGCGUCCUCGUCCUUGCCAAGGAGGGGCUCGACAUGAUGGCGCAGGUCAGUGGCGUUCUCGACGGCACUAUUGUCAGCGCCGAGGAGUGGUGUGAGAGGCUUGGCAAGAAGAAGCGGGACCAACGCGAGGCCGUCCUUCCGCAAUCACAGCCUCAAGAAGUCGACGUCAAGAUUGCGCCGGCUUAAAGCGACCAACGGUUCUACUCUGCGUCCUCUUUAAACAGGGUCACAGACGACAUGUGGAGGACAGUCCACAUUCACAUUUCUUUCGUCGCUUUCCUCAAAAUUACCAAGUGGAUGGUUUAAACGGCGCACUGGCGGCACAUGGAAAAACGAAAACCGAGACAAAAAAUACUUGGACGAAAUACUCUGCUCUGGCAGACGUAAGAUUUUCAUCAAUGAUACCACACUGAGGAUACCCUCAUUCCCAUUCAUCCACUUCGUUUCCAGUAUACCAUAUCAUACCAACCUGCAAACACACAAACAUCUCGGACAUUUUCCUCACUUUUAUCGAGUACGCUUUUGAUCCUGCCUUUUGUUUCAAUUUUUUUCUUUUCUUUUGGCGGUUCAUCUUUUUGCUUGGUAUUUGCUCCUUUGUUUUCCUGUCUUAUGGUUUUAAUGGACGGUUUACGGAUUUCUGGCGCGUCUCGCGAACAAACUUUAAGCUCCUAGGGCUUUUGGUUCGCUGUGUAUAGAGCUCAAGCAUCGUCAUUGUACAAAGCAAAGCUGAUUCAUGUUACGACUGACUGGACAUUUGCCACAAUGUUUCUCCACAUUAUGUUUUCCCAUUGCCAGUGACAAAACGAUGAUACCAUGUCCAUUCCAGAUAGAACACUC